AGAUGAAAUACGUACAGGCGUUUACCGUGGAUUAUUUCAUCCAGAUCAACUCAUCACCAGUAUUGAAGACGCUUCGAACAAUUACGCACGCGGGUUCUACAGUGUGGGCAGACGCGUCGUCAAUCGGGUUUUGGCACAAGUUCGUCGAGCAACCGAAGCGUGUGACAUGUUCCAAGGUUUCUUUGUGAUCAACAGCUUUGGAGGUGGGACUGGGUCGGGUUUCACCUCACUCGCUUUGAAUCACUUGGCUACGGAAUACGCUAAACGGUCAAAAAUACAAGUAGGGAUAUAUCCUGGGCCACGACUUUCCACGGGAGUAGUCGAACCGUACAACUCUGUGCUCACAUUUAAUUCAUCAAUGGAACAGAGUGAGCUGAGCAUUCUUGUCGACAAUGAAUCACUGUACGAUUUAUGUGACUCCGGUUUAGGUGUAGCUAGGCCAACCUACACGGAUGUGAACCGAAUUGUUGCUAUUAUAUUCAGCUGUAUGACAGUAUCUUUGCGCUUCGAAUCCCCACUGAAUGCUGACUUGACGCAGUUAGAGACUAACUUAGUUCCCUAUCCACGUAUUCACUUCCCUAUCGUCAGCCACGCACCCAUCACAUCUACAGAACGGUCAGAGCAUGAGAUAUAUAACACCAACGAUUUAACACGUCUGUUAUUCGAACCAGCUGGCCAGAUGCUAAAUGUGGACUUGACACAAGGUCGAAUAAUGAGCUGUUGUAUACAGUACCGUGGGGACAUUGCAGCGCAAGAUGUGGCCAAAGCAGUUCUCGAUUUGAAGCGCCGACGCGUCCUGCAAUUUGUUGACUGGUGUCCUACCGGAUUCAAACUGGGUAUCGCUAGCCAACCUCCGACAAUCCCGUCAUACUCGCCUAUGGCUAAGACCACACGGUCUGCAACAUCGUUGAUAAACACCUCUGCAGUUAACCAGGCCAUUCAAAAAGUAGACGCUAAGUUUGAUAUGCUAUUUCAUAAACGGGCAUUUGUGCACUGGUACGUCUCUGAAGGUAUGGAAGAAGGCGAAUUUCCCGAGGCUAGAGAAGCUUUGUCCGUUUUGGAACAAGAUUAUAUCGGCGUUACUGAGAACACAAAAAAUGAAACAAGUACAACUGGCUCUUUUAAAGUCGGCACUCAGGAGGGUCUGGAUCAUCCGGACGAAAUGGCACUGCGAAGUGAGAAAGGCCGACAGACUUCUAGUAACCAUGCUGUGCGAUGGACCGAUGUGGCAGUGGACGAACCUACAACUCACGAAUCUACCGAUGAGAAUCAGGUCUCGGAUUCAGAUGCAUCAUCUACCUCGACCUCAACAGGUAACAUGAGGUCAUCGGAUCCCAGGUCAUUGGUCAUCUGCCAAGAACUAUGAGGUUAUCCCACACAUUCUUAAUUGACGUCUAAUUGCUGUUCUCUUUCGGUUACUGCCAAUGUUGCCAGUAGUCACUAACUAUCACGCAUUUCUUUCGAACGCGUGUUUCAAGCCCUGAUGAUGUGCUGUUUUGUUUUACAGUUCUGCUGCCUGCAGAAUGUGUAUGGACGGAUGAUUUCUUUUGUGGCAUUAUGUACCACAAUGUCAUCUGCUGCAUAUUAUGUUCAUAAAAAUCUCCUUUUCUCGCGACUUC